AUGCCGCCUCCAACAUCCCUCGUCCCAGCAGCCCCUCCCACUGCUGAGGACGAUCAUCUCAACUCGAGUAUAUGGAGGAAACGAUUUGAGAAGAGGCUUCUUUCACCAUAUCCGGGAAUCGGAACACUGGACGUCGAGUACAAUGAGUUAACUCAGUCCUGGAAGCGAUUUCAAGAGAAUUUGCCCCCUGAGGAUCAAGUCACAUUCCAGGAACGGCCGCAAACCGCGCAAGAUGUCCUGGCGGUAGUUCGCAGCGUGCAGACGGCUUGGCUCUCUCACCCGAGACAGCAAGUCUUCAGCCGUUCAAUGACUCUCUGCGAUACUUUCAUAGAUACCCUAGAUCCCCAUGCAGUGCUCCUAACGAUCCUUCCGAAGAACGAAUCUUACCGGUCCCUUUUCUAUGGGGUCUUACAGUCGGUAAUAAAGGCAUCGGCAAAUUAUCCUCGUAUCAUGGAAGGCGUCAUCCGGGCCCUGGUUAAAGUCAAUCAAUCCAUUUGUCUCCCACCGGGAAGUGACGGGGUCUCUUUCACUAAAGAUUCAGUAACGCCAAUCGCCACAUUUUACUCUUUGACCUUCUUCUUUUUAGGAGAGUUGAUGGACUGGUAUGUCAGACGGUCCAAAUGCCGUCUUCUCAAAAGUUUGCAUCAAGACGUGUAUUUGAACUUUCGGUACCUCAUUUGGAGUAUCCGAAGCAGUGCGAUCCACAUCAUCGGCGGACUUGUCGACGGGAUGGACAUGGACGACCCGAAGUAUGAAAAGAAGCGCAAGAUCAUGCAGAUGAGCGACCUGUACCUCUGGGAAGAGACCAGAUUGAACCAAGUCGGUCGGCAGAAGUGGGACCGUCGGUCCAUUGCUCAGACUGCCAUGACUCGUCAGUUAAUCUGGGAAAUCCAGAACGAUGCGGCCGAGCGACUCAAGAUGAGGGCGGACAGCCACCUGCUCCUCUUGCAGAUGCUCGACUCGACAAGUCAGCGGCUCCGCUCUGUUACCCAGCAAAAUAGUGGCAUCGCCUGUUUGACGACAACGGUCGCACAGGAUAUAGGUAUGCAGGGUGGUGACCUCGGGACAGACCUGCCGUCGGAACUGACAUUGAUCACGUCACAAGAAACCUCCAGAUUUAAAUGGUCCUCCGGGCCCAAGCACAAGUACACUCGGGUCGAGCUACAGCUGGCCUCUAAACACCUACAGGACUUCUUCCGGGAUGAUGACCAGGUGGCCGAUCUCGCUGCGGAUGUCGAUGUGAUCGCCGAGGACAGUGUGGUGGAAUCCUUACAACAAUGGGCGACCAAUGUCCAUUCCCAGGUGCUCGCCAUCGGGGGACCUCCAUCCACAGCCUUUCCCAGUCCAGUCGCCCUCAUCUCUGCCUGUUACGCCUCCUUUGCUCGAAAAGCGAGACUCCCCGUCAUCUCCCACUUUUGCUCCCUGCCCACCGAAGAACGAAGUGGGAUGACCUUGUACGAACAAGGUCUCAUCUCGCUCGCGUAUAGCCUCAUUCGGCAACUGAUCGACUACCUACCGCCCGUAUUGGAGGGGCACGCCGCAUGCAAUCUGAACACGGAGCGCUUCAACCCCUUGAACGGCACGAUGACCUGCUGGAAAGAGGUGCUGUCGCUGAUCGACAUCCUGUUGUAUCUGGCCCCACCCGUGCUGAUUUGCGUCAUUGACGGCCUCCAUGUCCUGGAAGACUCGUCCACCGACGAAGCGAUUCGGUCCUUCGUUCGAACGCUCUUGACUCACAGCCGACAUCAGGCAGCCCCGGCGACGGAUGGGAGUCAGAGUCAGGAUGUGUUACUCAAGGUUCUCUUCACCGUCGCUGGACGACCAAACACACUUGUGGAAACCCUGUCCGAGAACCAUCUGACCCUCAGCGAAUCGAAUCAAGUCGGCCAAGUGACUUCAACGGAUCAAGCGCUGAAUGCAGACGUCGGGAUAGUGAUGAUGAAUGCAUGA